AUGCAUUCUCCCUCCGUUAUUCUCAUUGGAGCGCUGGCCGCUCAUGCCGCAUGCACCAGCGUCACACCGAAUGGCGGCAUAGUCCGACGUUAUGCUGCACCGUUGGCAUUGAUGGCUGCACCUGUACUCGGACUCCCCGCCGUUGCAAACGUUGAAUCUCGAGAGCCUCACCACCAGGGUGCCAAGGGGAAGGGCAAAGCGAAGGGCAAAGCGAAGGCCAAGGCUGGCAAUAACAACGCUGCUGUUGCACCAGGCGACAACAACAAGAGAGAUCUUGAUGCCCGUCAUCAUCAGGGUGCCAAGGCCAAUGGAGCCGGGGCAAAGGCGAAGGGAAAGGCGAAGGGCAAAGCGAAGGCCAAGGCCGGCAAUAACAAGAGAGAGAUUGAUGUGCGUCAUCAUCAGGGUGCCAAGGCCAAGGGAAAGGCGAAGGGCAAGGCAAAGGCAGGGGCAAAUGCUGCCGCUGUUGGAAAUAAUGCGAAUGCUUGA